UGCAUCUUUACAAUUUUGUACAUCAUUUAAAGAUGAAAUAUUAAGCAAGUUUUCAAGCUUCAUAUCACUAAGUCUCUAUUUAAAUUUGAAUGAAGAACUCUGAAACAUGAUAGUUAAGCUGUUGUUGGUAUUGCAAUAAUAAGGUUGGUAACCAAAUCUUCUACCCAAUUAACUCUAGCUUAAACUGGUUUUGAGCCAGUUUAAGUCCAUCAAACAUAGCUGGAAUUAGUAAACCCAUUACUACAUUAAACCAGUAUCCCACCCUAUUGUUUUAGUUUCUGACUACUUUAUACUGGCUGAAGAUGAUGGGAACUGUAGUCCAGCGGAGCAAGAUUGCUUCUGUUUAGGAAAGCCUGGAAUAAAUUACUAUAAUGCCUGUAUUAGAAUAAUAUUUGCCAAAUAGAUGUAAUUUCACUCUGUAACCUUUUUCAAUUUUCAUCCUUCCCUUACUUUCCAAAUGCAGAUUAUUGACAAAGAAAUCAAUCCAUUUGUGCACAAAUGGGAAGAAGAGGGAGAAUUUCCAGCAUACCAAGUUUUCAAAACUCUCGGGAAAGCUGGAUUUUUUGGAAUAGACAAGCCAACCAGUGAGAAAGGAACAUACUUUUCUGAAGUAAGAACAAUAGCUCCAACAAUAGCUGGAGAUAUUGUGGCUUGGGCAGGUUCAGAUGUUGCAAAUAUCAAGACCAAAGCUGUAAGAAAAGGUGAUGACUAUGUGAUAAAUGGUAGCAAAAUGUGGAUCACUUCUGGAUUUCAGGCAGACUGGAUGUGCCUCUUGGCAAACACAAAGGAUGGACCACCCCACAAAAACAAAUCACUUCUAUGCCUGCCAAUGAAGCUGCCUGGUAUUCACAUUGCUAGGAAAAUUAACAAGCUUGGUAUGAGAUCAUCUGAUACAGUCGAAGUCUUCUUUGAAAAUGUCAGAAUUCCCAGCAAAUACCUUAUUGGGGAAGAAGGAAUGGGAUUUAUUUACCAGAAGUUGCAAUUCCAAGAAGAACGAAUGUGGGGAGUAGCCUCAGCAUUUGUUCCCAUUCAAAACCAUGAUAAAAGAAAUUAUACUUCUCAACGGAAGGCAUUUGGCCAACCAAUACAUCACAAUCAAAUAGUGCAUUUUCACCUGGAUGAACUAGCGACUGAACUGGAACUCCUUCGUGCACUGCUAUAUGAGAUGAUAAGUCUCUAUAUACGUGGUAAUGAUGUGACAAAACUUGUAUCCAUGGCCAAGCUAAAGUGUGGACGUCUAUGUCAAGAGAUUCCAGAUAGCUGUCUCCAGUUCUGGGAAGGAAUGGGGUACACUAAUGAAGUGCUAGUGAGCAGAAUGUACAGAGAUUUAAGAUUGAUAUCAAUAGGAGGUGGUUCUGAUGAAAUCAUGCUGUCUAUUAUAUGCAAAUACAUGGGUAUAUUGCCACAAAAGUAAGUUUUGUGAAUACUAUAAAUCUUUGCUACUGUUUAAAUAAUCUGUAUUAGACAGCUUUUUUUAUAUGGGUACGAUAAAUAUAUCCAAAGGAAUUACAUUUUUAAUUUUCAUAAUGAUUUUUUUCUUGCAUGUAAAUUAUACUUAAAUUUAGCAUCUAUAAGGCUACUGAAAGUGUGCUGAUGCACCUGAAAGCAGGUGUAUUUUUUCCCCUGAUUUCAUGCAGUGAACACACCCAGGCCAGAUCUGAAGCCCCUCUUCUGCUUUAAAUGUGAAUGCCUGCACAUUCAUACCUAGAAUGUUUUUCUGGGUUUCUUUUAAUUCUAAAAAGUGAAUCCAUCGUUUGCUUCUGAACAAUGUAAGAUAGGGAUGUAAUGUAAAAAAUGUAAUGAUAGGAUCAACCUAGGAUUCUUAUCCCAAAUAUUUUAUAAUCAAGAUUUUCAAAUAUUAAUCAAAGCUCUGAUCACACAUAUUAGUUCAUAUAAUUAUUCCGUGCAUCUCAUAGAUAUUAACAUAUGCAUUAAUAUUGCAUAUCUUAAUGUUGUACCAUACAAUUAUAUUGAUUUAAAUAAUUAUUUAAAUGUAUUGUUUGUGUAACCUUGUUAGUAACAAUUGAAUAAUACAUAGAAUGUAUUCUAUAUUUAUUUAUAAUAUAAUAUGAAUGUAUUAAAGGCACCAUUACUUUUCAAAAGAUGUGGAAAAAUGUCCACCUGUAGUUGACUAUUUAGUUUAAUUGAAUAUGGUGCCCGAAAAAGAAUGGGUGCAUGGUGUACAUAGAGUUAUGCAUAGCUUAGAUAAGAGAAAAGUUUUUAUCCUUCUUUCACACUGUUAGAAUUUCAAGUCAUCUAUUACCCAAACUAAAUGCAGGGAGGCUAAAGAUGGUAAGAAAGAAAUAUUUUUUCACAUCAUAUACAGCUAAUUUAGGGAAUUCACUGCCAGCAGUUGUGAUUACAGCAAGCAAUUUGGACAGCUUUCAAAGAGAGCUGAAUGGGUUCAUUGAAGAAUCAAUGAUGGCUAACAUUGAAGAUUUACUACCCCCUGCAUCAUAGGCUGCAUACUCAAAUAUUGGUUAUUGGGAAGUAUUUAUGAAAGGGAACCAUUUUCCUCCAAUUGAAUUUUAUGAGAUUAAGACAUUCAGAUGUAACAUCAGUAAACAGUGGGCUUGUAGUUAGUUACAAAAAAGCUAUUUUAAAUUGAAACAUUAAUCUGUAUUCUCUUAUUUUAUAAGAACCAAAAAGGAUGACCCCUGGAAUUUUUAGAACUAUAUAGCAGGGGUCCCCAAUACCCAGUCCAUGGACCAGUACCAGACUGUGGCACACCAGCAACCAGGCUGCAGAAGAAGCAAAGCCCCAUCCGCGGGAUGCAGUCAGUACACAAAACCACGCUCCCUCCAAUCCGCGGAAAAACUUCUCCCACGUAACCGGUCCCUAGUGCCCAAAGGGUGGAGACCUCUGCUAUAUAGCACAAUUAUGAUGAAAAAAAUCUCAACGUCAGUCAGCCUAAUCAUAUUCUUCAAAUGAUUUAAAGCUUUAACAUUAAUAACUUUAGUUUUUCAUUUUUCUUUCUUUUUAUUAUUGUAAAUUCCUUAGAGCAGCCCACCAAACAAACAGCAAAUAAAUUUAAUAAAUGAUACUGAAAAAGGAAACAUUCCUAUUGCAUUUCUCUAUAUUUUAAAUGAUAAAUAUGUAUAGUGUAUAUAAGCCUUACCAUUAGUAAAAUCAAAGAUAUUCUUCAGUAUUUUCAAUAUAAUAAAAUAGGAUAUAAUUUUUAUAAUUGAAGCAUUUAUAUAUGAUUGGAAUAAAUUUCAAAUCGUGAAUUGUUCUACUACAUUUUUUUAAAAAAUCAUUUCAAUUGGAGAAUUUGUCAGUAUAAAAUACAUAUAAAUGAAACAAAGAUAUAUUUGCUCCAUAUUGGUGUGACUCUAUAUGUUGGAACUGAAAAAUGGAUGGAAAUUAUCAUUGCUGUUGAAAUGGCCAAUUGUGAUGGUGACUAGAAUCCUCACUUUAACACUUUAAUGGGAUCCUAGCUACAUAGUGACUGGAUUUGCAUUAUCAAACUUCUCAAGAUAAAUGCUGAAGAUUCACUGGAUAUUUAUCCAGCAUCUAACUUAGCUUAAUAAAAAAUAUUUACCAAUUUUCUCAAAAAAAAAAAAAAAAA